AUGUCGAAGAAGGAAGGCGGGCCGAGCGAGGGCUCCCCGCAGGCCAGCGGGGUGACCGUCAGCGACGUCCAGGAGCUGAUACGGCGCAAGGAGGAGAUCGAAGCGCAGAUCAAGGCCAAUUACGGGGUUCUGGAGAGCCUAAAAGGCGUUGGGAUGAACGAGCCACUGGUGGACUGUGAGGGCUACCCCCGGUCCGACGUGGACCUGUACCAAGUUCGAACCGCCAGGCACAACAUCGUCUGCUUGCAGAAUGAUCACAAGGCGGUGAUGAAGCAGGUGGAGGAGGCCCUGCACCAGCUGCACGCUCGGGACAAGGAGAAACAGGCCCGGGACAUGGCCGAGGCCCAGGAAGAGGCCAUGAGCCAGAGCGAGGGCCCCGGCACCCCUCAGGCCUUCGCCAGAGUGAACAGCAUCAGCCCCGGCUCCCCCGCCAGCAUUGCGGGUCUGCAAGCAGGUGAUGAGAUUGUGGAGUUUGGCUCUGUAAACACCCAAAACUUCCAGUCGCUGCAAAAUAUUGGCAGUCUGGUGCAGCACAGCGAGGGGAAGCCCCUGAAUGUGACAGUGCUCCGCAGAGGAGAGAAGCACCGGCUUAGACUUGUCCCAAUGCACUGGACGGGCAAAGGACUGCUGGGCUGCCACAUCAUUCCUCUGCAGCGUUGAUUGUCCCUGCAGAACGGUGACAUGAAGGCAUAUUCUGUUGCCCUGGACUUGGGUCUAGGGGCCAUUUCUCCCUUCUCUCCUCUCCCUGAAUUUCAAGGAUCUGGAAGAGGCUGGAAGCCUGGACUUCUGGAUGGUGGAAGCGCUGUGAUCUCCUGGGAUCAAGGCGUUAUUAGAAACUCUGUCGUGGACAGGAGGGUGGGAGUUAUUCUGACAGGUGCUGGCAUGACUUUAUUCUUUUAGGAAUAUUUCCCCCCCAAAAUAAACAGUUUUAUAGUGCUGA